GCACCAAUAUUUCUAAGAUCUUAUCAUUUGCAUUUUGAAUUAGUCAAAUGUUUUUAACUAACAAAUAAGCAUAAUGCGUAAUUCAUUUGAAUAAUGUGUCUAGGAAGAUGGCACCGACUGAUGGGAGUUUACUGAUCUAACCUGUCUUCCUGAUGGGAAACUGAUGGGGGGGUCCAGAUAAAGUCGAUCACUCUGGUGGAGUAGCAGGGGAAAGUAGGACGGGUGAGGUGCUUCGUCCAGCAUUUGGUCAUGAAGUCGAGUCUAGUCCUAAUUAUGGUCUUAUCUGGACUGGGGUUUCUGCCGUCCUCAUUUUCAAAGUUCUACAUCUAUGUUAAGCAGUACAUGAGCUGGUUUAAUGCUCAGACCUAUUGCAGGACACAGUACACCGACUUGGCCUCCGUUCAGAAUGGACAAGAACUGUCUCAGCUCAGUCAGCUUAUUGACAGCCGGCUGCACGUCUGGAUUGGGCUGUGUCCUGACCCAGACUCUUGGAGGUGGUCUCUGCAGAACCCGGUAUACUAUGGUGUUGGAGAGAUUGGCUUUAGGUUGUGGGCUGCUGGAGAACCUAAUGAGGCCUAUUAUCAUAAAGCCUGUGUGGCGAUGGGGAGCAGCGGCGAAUGGGUUGACCUAUUUUGCGACAGUAUCUACCCCUUUGUUUGCUACGAUGGCACAACAGGAACAUUUGUCUUUGUGAAUCAGGCUAAGUCCUGGAUAAAUGCUCAGAGCUACUGUCGGCAGAACUACACUGACCUGGCUAGUGUGAGGAACCAGGCUGACAAUGAUCAGCUGGUGAUGCUGGCCAGUGGAAACCCAUGGAGCACCCACAUCGGACUGUACAGGGACUCAUGGAAGUGGUCGGAUGGGAGCAGCGCUCCUUUCACUAACUGGGAUCCUGGAGUUACACCAACCGCUGCAUAUGUCGACAUGUGUGUGGCUUCUUACCAGGGCAAAUGGAUCAAUAUCGCCUGUAACGCCCAAAUGUACUUUGUGUGUUUUGUAGAUUUGGCCAUGAGGAAGCACGUUGUACGGGUGGUGAUGAAAAAUAACGACUCUUCAGUGGAGAUGGAGGAGCUGAAAGACGACAUCCUGCAGAAGUUUGCUCAGGCCCUGCAGGACCAAGGACUGACUGUGGACCUUCAUCUGGGAUGGGUGACGCUGCCCAAUGAAAACGUUUUCUAUGCAGCCAGUUAGUGUUACUAAUGCCGCUGUUUGUUGUCUGGGGUCAGGGUGCUUCAGUUUCUACCCUUGGUUUUUAGAGCUUUUCCAGUGCUCUUGGUCCUGUGUGUAGUUGCUUUAAUUCGACUGGCUGCUAUUACUUUCUAGUUAAACUUCUAUCAUUUAUCAUCAAUAUUAUAUUUUACUCUGAUACUUCACUUUGAUGUUUCAGCUAAUCAAUAAAUGUUAAUGAUGGGAAAACUGUUA